UUCUCCCUCGAACACAAUCUAAAAAGCAAAUGAUCCUCCUUGUGUUCACAAACAACAUCCUAUCCCUUUUUUCCUCUCUUUCUUACUCUCUCUCUCUCCUCCUAACCUCAAAAGUAUAAGUCUGUAUCUACAUACAUUCAUUCUCCCCUUAUAUUUUUCUAUAAGAACCGCAACAUUUCCAACUAUACACUUUAUUUUAUUGUUAUCCAUCCAUACAUACAUACAUACUUAUAAUUCAGCAAUAACUCUAAAAUAAACAACAUCAUAAGAACACAAGCUGAUCAAUGAUGGCAUCACCAACAGAACUAAGCCUUGAGUGCAAACCUCAAAGCUACUCAAUGCUAUUGAAAUCAUUUGGUGGUGAUGUUAUUAACAACCCAACUGAUCAACAAGCCACUCAAAAGCUCCAAGAUUAUCUCACUCGCCUUGAAGAAGAACGCCUUAAGAUUGAUGCUUUCAAGCGUGAGUUACCUCUUUGCAUGCAACUUCUUACACAAGCCAUGGAAGUCUCAAGGCAGCAACUACAAAGUUGUAGAGCAAACAAUGAAGGAACAAGACCAGUUCUUGAAGACUUUAUGCCAAUAAAACAGCCAAACAUGGAAGGAUCCGAUCAAAAACAAAUCAACACUUCUGACAAAGAGAAUUGGAUGGUAUCAGCCCAACUAUGGAGCCAAGCAGGCGAUCCUAACAACCAACAAUCUUCAAUACUGCCUAAAUCUGAAGCUGAUCAUAACACUUUUAAUAAUGUUGGCAACUGCCCUAAACUUGGAUUAGACAACAAACAAAGAAAUGGUGGAGCUUUUCUUCCUUUCACAAAAGAAAGAAGCUUAAUCCAAAAUAAUUCAAGUAUUAUGGCACUUCCAGAUUUGGCUUUGGUAUCUAAUCAGAGAGAAAUGGAAGAGAAAAAGUGUACAGAUAGUGAAAAUGGAAUGAGUGGUUCAAGGAGUGAUAAUUCUAAUAAAAUUUCUAAUGUCAUGGUUGGUAAGGCUGUUGAUAGCCAAUCACCCACCACAGCAACCACCACACCCACCACCCCAACAUCCUCGCAAACUCAUCGGAAGGCACGACGGUGUUGGUCACCUGACUUGCACCGUCGAUUUGUCAAUGCCCUUCAGAUGCUUGGUGGUUCUCAAGUGGCUACUCCUAAACAAAUUAGAGAGCUAAUGAAGGUUGAUGGCCUCACAAAUGAUGAAGUAAAAAGUCACCUCCAGAAGUAUAGGUUACACACCAGAAGACCAAGCCCUAGUCCACAAACAGCAGGAGCACCAGCACCACAGCUGGUUGUCUUAGGAGGAAUAUGGGUCCCACCUGAAUACGCCACCGCGGCUGCAGUCGCACAUGGUGGCCCACCAACCAUUUACAGUACUCAUCCUUCUACUCAAGUGUCAUCACACUAUUGCUCACCAACAGUACCCCCAGAUUUCUACCCACAACCAUCAUCAGCACAGCAAGCGCUCCACCUUCCGGCCCUCCAUCACCACCAACAUCCCCAACUUCAUGUUUACAAGACUGCCUCCCACACACAGACCACUCAUAGCUCACCGGAAUCAGAUGGCCAUGGAGCCGGUGAGCGGUCGGAAAGCAUGGAGGAUGGAAAGUCAGAGAGCAGUAGCUGGAAAGGCGAAAGCGGAGGAGAGAAUGGUGGGGAUCAGAGAAACAAGCUGGCAGCAUUAAGAGUUGAAGAUGGGGAAAGCAUGAAUGGUAGUGAGAUUACCCUUAAAUUUUAGUGGGUUAUUUUAGUAAAUUAGGGUUAGGGUUUCUAACUUUGUCUUAUUCUUGGUGUGAAAUAUUAUGUGUAGCAUGGAAGGGUAAAGAGGGCAUACAUGAGAGUGUUGGUUUUGUUAUUUAGUACUAUUAAUUCCUUCGAUCAAUUGGGUGAUGUCUUAUUCACUAUCCAAUUAUAACAUUGUCAUAAAUUAAUGAGAUUUACAUAAAGGCUUUAAUUUUGCCUAUUGGU